CUUCAGUCUGUCAGGACACCAGGACUAUAGUAAUACAGCUAUAGUACUGCAGUAUUUUUUAUUAGAGCAGUAUUAUAACCUGUUUUUCAGUCAGUAUUGAUCAGUGAUCAGUGAUUAGUUAUCACUCAUGGCCAAAUGGGGAGAAGGAGAUCCUCGAUGGAUUGUUGAGGAGAGAGCUGACGCCACCAACGUCAACAACUGGCACUGGACGGAGCGGGACGUCUCGGGCUGGUCGUUGCAGCGUCUCCGUCAGCUGUUGCUUGGGGUCCGGGUGGCGGGACCGGAGGGGGCGUGUCAGCUGACCGACGUCAAUAAACUGGACGGAGAAGCUUCCAUCAACAACCGCAAAGGGAAACUCUUCUUCUUCUACGAGUGGCAGCUGCGGGCCAGCUGGCUGGGUACGUCCAGCAGUGGAGUGAAGUACAGAGGAACUGUGGACGUGUCCAACCUGUCCGACGAGAACGACAUGGACGACCUGGAUAUUUCGGUGUCUCUGUGUAAAGACCAGCCCAACACGCCCCUCCUCGACCUCAUGAAGAGGACCGGGGUUCCGGAGGUCCGCAGGAUUCUGGGCGAGUAUGUCCACCAGCUCAAAUCAGAGUUCAGUCAGGGGAUGAUCCUGCCCUCUACCAACGAACCAAAACCUCAACCUGAGCUGACCCAGAAGAACCAGAUCAAGACCAGUAGAGCCCAGAUCAGCUCCACCCCGAGGUGUUCCUCUAGCCCUGCCCCCUGUCCUUCAGGUGUUUGUAUCCCAACCUGCAUCUUUAAUCUGAAGGAGACCUUCCAGACAUCAGCUGAUGAGCUCUACAGGACCUUCAUCAACCAGGAGUUUGUUCAGGUGUUCACGCGCUCGGUGGCGUUGGUCAACGGUUGUCGUGGAGGCAGGUUCCAGCUGUUGGAUGGGAGCGUCAGCGGAGAGUUCACACAGCUGGUGCCGGACCAGAGGAUCGAGAUGAGGUGGCGGUUCAGGACGUGGCCUAGCGAGCACUACGCCACCAUCAGUCUGGACCUGGAGGACCGAGGAGACGAGACUGAGCUGAGGAUGGAGUGUCGAGGAGUCCCUGCUGGGGAGGAGGACUCCACCAGGGAGGGCUGGACCCGCUUCUACUUCCAGGCCAUAAAACAGACAUUUGGAUACUGAGUCUCUGUGAUAGUGAACCCUGCAGCUCGUCUGACAGGCGGUCUGAAAGGAUGAGAUCUUCAGUGUGUCUCUGUCCAACAUUUCAACAAAAAGAGUCCGAGGCAGACAUCCUGCAUCUGGACCUUACAGAGGUUUAAAGGACCAUCUCUGUUUCUCAGUCAGACCAGUUGAGUCCAGGACAGAGACAGGUCCAGGAGGUUGUUAGCCUAGCUUCACACUGGGAGCAGGAGAAACCGUUGGCUCCACUGAAGGUGGAAAAACAAACAGUCAUUUUAUUGGACUGCUUCUUUAAAAAUGUUAUGUGUGAAUAAAUGACUUCC